AUGUCAUCGGCAUCGGUCCAGCCACGAGACCAACUGGUCUGCAACGCGCGCGAUUGCUUCCAGAAAAUCGAUCAUAUUGCGUGGAUAACCCGCUGCUCCCACGUAUUUUGCGAACAGCAUGGUCAGGAUGUCAAGUUGCGCCAGGCGGUGUCUACCAGUUGUCCAGCUUGUGGUGCUCGGAUUCACGACGACUUCGGCAUAGUGGAACGUUCUCUAAGCGAUUCGGUACAUUCUCGAGCGCUCCUCUUGUGCGGCUACAGUCCGGAUAUCAUAAUGGAAAUUGCCAACAGUGCCAUCACAUUCUGGAACUUUCAGAAGCAGCAAGUGUGUGUUAACUUAGAACGAAAAGUACAGUAUUAUAAGGAAACCUUAAGUAAAUUCAAACAAGACAUGGCGCUAGCGAAAAAUGAUGCCGAAUUAAAGAUUCAUCGAUUGGAGCAACAAUUGGAGAGCUGUCUGGCAAGGAAUAAGGAAUUAAGUGAAACUCCCGGCAGAGAAACCCGCGGUGAACACCAUAGGAAGGCAGAGCAGCAAGCGAGAAAGCGAAAGAUGGAUGAUUUUCUGCUUUAG